AUGGCAAAGAAAGGUGGUUCGGCAGUGCUAUUACUCUUCGCCAUGUUUCUAACUCUGGAGUGCGGCUCGGCCAGUGAAGAGAAGCCUGCAGUAUAUGUGUUAGGCGACUCGACUGCUGAUGUCGGCACUAACAAUUUCUUGCCCGGCAGUAAGGCAAGAGCUGACUUCCCUCACAAUGGAAUUGACUUCCCACAUUCAAGAGCUACCGGAAGGUUCUCCAAUGGCCUCAACAGCGCCGAUUUCCUCGCGAAGCUACUGGGGCACAUGAGGAGUCCACCGCCCUUCCUCUCCCUUAAUAGCACAAACGCCCUGAAGCGGCACAGUUUAAAUGGCAUAAACUUCGCCUCAGGAGGUUCAGGACUUCUCGACACAACGGGGGUAACUGGUGCCUCGAAUGAAAAGAUACGGAACGUGAUAACGUUAGGAGAACAGAUAAAGCAGUUCUCCACAGUUCGUGAUACUCUCACUGCCGUUAUGGGUCCUACUGAGACCAGGAAUUUUCUUGCGAAGUCUCUCUUCUUCAUCAGCAUUGGCAGCAACGACAUUUUGCUUUACUAUCACUCGAACAGUACAGUACCCAAGCAAGACUUUAUUGCUACUUUAGGAUCAUCGUAUGAAAAUCACUUGAAGGUGGCAAUCCUUUUCAAAUUCUACUUGCUCGAGGACUCGUUUAAAUAUAAUCUAUUGGGUCUCGGAGCGACGAAGUUUGGCAUUAUAAGCGUGCCUCCUAUAGGAUGUUGUCCAUCUCAGAGGGUUCUCAGUGGUACAGGGGAGUGUUUGGAGGUCCUAAAUGAACUCGCACUAGCUUUCCAUUCGGAACUCGGAGCCGUGUUGAAGAAACUCAGUUCAGAGUAUGAGAGCAUGAAAUACUCACUCGGGAAUGCAUACGACAUGGCUAUGGAUGUUAUCGAGAACCCUCUUCCAUACUUCGAGGAUGUAAAAAGUGCAUGCUGUGGAUCAGGAACAUUAAAUGCUGAAGGAAUAUGCGACCCGAAAGCACGUCUUUGCUUGAAGCGCCACGAAUAUCUGUUCUGGGAUUUAUACCACGCAACACACACCGCUUCAAAGUUGGCGGCUGUGACUCUAUACACCGGCGGGCCGAGAUAUGUCACUCCGAUGAACUUUUCUCAGUUGGCUAGUGCUUGUUGA